AUGAGCACCAGAGUGACAAGGAGCGACGCAAGAGGAGGUGGCGGCUUCGGAAGGCCACCAGCGGCACAGACGGCCGUAUCCCGACCGGAGGAGGCCGACGAUCGUGCUGCCUCUCCUCCGGGCUGGUUGCCGGAGGUGCCGCUUACGCCGCGGUACGAGAGGUCGCCGACACGACCACCCUCACCGGAAGGCAAGACGCUCUCUCCCCGGUCGCAACCACCGCCGCGACAGGAUAAGCCUCCACCGCCGGAACCGGAUACGCCACCACCGCCGACGAGGCGCGACGGGGAAUGUCCCCGAUGGAGACCCGCGCGGCCACCCACGCCGAGGUUCCAGCGGCCGCCGGCGGCAGAGUCGCAACAGACGGUCGUCUGGACGUGGCCGGAGAACCCCGCGGAAGAGACGGCGGCGUCGGACGAGCCCCGGAUCUGGGAAGAGAGAAGACCUCGGGUGGGCCCACUGGAUCCUAGGACCAGGGGUCGACCGGACCUAUGGACGCCGCCGACACCGAACACACGACCGUCGACGCCUAGUACCCGACCGUCGACGCCAAGCUCCGGGCCGACGACACCGGCAGCGACACGGAACGCAGCGGAAGCAGCGGAUCCUCAGGAGCGGGGGCCGUGGAAAUGGCCGGAACCCACGGGAGGUUGA